UGUGCUAUAUAUGGCAGCCUCCUGCUUUGAACUGUGUCAGCACAACUGUCCUAACAUUUCACCCAGGUUUCAUUGUUUCAGGCAAAGAUGGCUUUUGUGUAACCACGAUGAAAGCGAUGCUGGAUGUAUUUAUAAGCCUUGCCUUUCUGUCAGAGGAGACAAACAUUGGACUAAGUGUUACAAGAAUUUCAUGUUAAAUUUAUUACGACAGCCCAGUAAGGGGCUGUGCCUUUUGGUUCAUUUCCAGGUGCUGCAGAAAAUGUGUGUUUAGUUAUUUCAUGUAUUGUUAGCAUGCUAAGUUGUGACCUUUUGAGUUAAGGCCUCAAGGUUCAGCAGUCGAGGCUGGUGAGAGUGUGGGACCAUGUCCUCUGAAUUUAAUUCUCUCCAUUAGUCCUACAGAGCCUGAGAUGGUUGAACUUCAGUUCAUACUUCUAGGAGGUCACUGUCGUUAUAGUUUGUGGAAUACUGCAAUUUCAAAGUGAUGAUCUGUUAUAGAAAAGCAUAUAAAUAAACACCUGUUCUCAGAUACUUCAUCCAGCUGAGUGGAAAUGGGGAAUAAUGUUUGUGUGUGGGAGAAGAGAGGGGGAGGGAGGAGCAUUUUGUUGUCUGUGUUUAUAACACUCUAGGUAACAGCAGUGAUAUUGUCCCUAGAACAAGGGUUCUCAACCUGUGAGUAGUUCCUUCCCCCACCAGAGCCUGAGGCUGCGGCCCUGGAGGACAGUAGUGAUUGUUCUCAUGUGAAAUUGGUGUGCUCAUUCAUUUCUUUUAAAGGGAAUACAGUCUCAAUUGGGAAGAGUCAUAGCCUAAAAGGUGACAUCUCUGAGAUGUAGGAGAGUUAAGGUUUGUUGGAAGUCACAGGAUGAGGAUAAUCUCAGAGAGCAAAGGUACAACAGGCCAGAGAGACUGAUGGCAUGAAGUGCAAUACUGGGGAGUAGAAAGGUACCUUCUAGACCUCGACUCCUGACAGCAGGCAGGAAGAAGACACUUGGCUUCCCUCUUGAGGCACUUUGUCCCCAUGUCAGAGAAUCUGAGACCCUUUCCACCGAUACCCUCACUUGAGGGGUGUAUGGUUUUGUUUAGGUGGAAGAGGGGGAAAAAAUUAAAGCAUUUGGAGAGCCACUAACUGGACCAUCCCCUUUCCCACUGGUAAACAGGUUGAGAAUCCCUGUUUUAGAGUAUAUAACGUUACAUCUGUACUGAGCCCACGUGGAGCUCUUUGCUGCCACAAUGGGACGUGUUUUGGCAGCUCACAUCGUAUUUAGCACAGCUGUCCCCACAGCACACUCCAGUCUGCAGUAUAGGCAAAAUCCUGAUGCAAAGUAUUCACAAAAUACAUGUUGUCUUUGAGUAAGUUGGAAAAAAAUGCCAGUAUCUACUUGAAAGAGUCUUGAAGUGUAAAAAGAGUAGUGUGUGUGACUUUAAACUCUCAUGGUUGCAGUUUGUGCAGGUCUUGGUUAAACACAGAGUUUUUCACCCUUGUAGAAAAGGUAAUUUAAUGUUUUCUCUUUCAGGCUCCUCCAUUGCCAUCCUCCUCAUCUUGACAUUUUUUCAUGGACAUUAAAUGAAAACUUUUCUGAUAUUCAGGAAGUGACCCAGUUCUGCACCACUGAUUUUUGUAGCUAUCCCGUAAGGCUGCUGGCUGAAAGCUGUGUCUAUGCAACCUUCCAAGUGCGGAGUGUCAACCAACUGGACAGGAGAGAGCACUGCCUCCUACUCCAGAACUCAAAACAAAUAAAGCUCAUCCAGCUGUACUUCAAAAAAAAAUAAUUCCAUGUUUUGUAUAUAUCUGACAAAACUGGCAACAUUAUACAGACUACUGACUUGAAGACCACCUCUUUUGUAUUUCUCUGUUUCUGGGCUGAUGAGUUGGUUUCAUCCAUUUUUCCCCCUUCAGAAUUUCCCUUGGAAAAAGUACUAGCUUAGCUGGUCAUUUCUUUGUAAGGUAGUUAGAAAUUUUAAGUCUUUCUUUGGGCAACUUUUUUUUUUUUUUUUUUUUUUUUUUUUUUAAUGUGAAGAGUUAGGUGAUAUAAAUUUUUUACUGCUUUUAUGUUUUUCUGUCUUGUUUUGAAACCAUGACGGUUACACUUUUGGUUCCUAAAUAAAAUUUAAAACAAUUAACAGCCAAGUCACAAAGAUAAAUGGGUUGCACAUAGACUAAGGAAUAAACUUCAGAUUUGUGAUUUUUGUUUCUAAUCUUGAUGUAAAUUUACACUAUUUAUAAAUACAUAUUUAUUGCUUGAAAAUAUUUGUGAAUGGAAUGCUGUUAUUUUUUCCAGAUUACCUGCCAUUGAAAUUUUAAGGAGUUCUGUAAUUUCAAACACUACUCCUAUUACAUUUUCUAUAUGUAAAUAAAACUGCUUAGCAUUGUACAGAAACUUUUAUUAAAAUUGUUUAAUGUUUAAAGUUUUUCUAUUGUUUGAGUUUUAAAAAGAUUUUAUGUACAGUGCCCAGUUUUUGUUCUUUUUUGAAUCUGAUUAUAUAUAUUUUAUAUAUACUCUUGUGCUUGUGUAUAUAUAUAAUAUAUAUAGAAACUCGAAUAUAAAUAUGUGUAUAAAGAUUUAGAGACUAAAUUUUUCUCGUUUUAAGUUUUACAUCUAUGGUAGAUUUGAGGUGUCUACUGUAAAGUAUUGCUUACAAAAGUAUGAUUAUUUUUAAAGAAAUAUAUGGUAUGUAUCCUCAAGACAUAGAAUGACCUUCAGACUGGUUUAUUGUUAAAUUGCACUUUUUGCAAUAACAGACCAAUAAAUAGUUGCUGCCAAAAUGUAGUAGUAGAAAGUAAGUAACAGCUAAAUUUUAAAGCUCUUCAAGAAAAUACCGGCUUUGACAGGAAGUUUGGCACUAGUUUUAGAGGAGGAAUGAAGAAGACAAAUUGGUGGGGAUGUUCUCUAGAUUUCAACCAAAUUGCAACUUAUAUAUUACAAUAUGUUCUAUUAACGAUUUUAAAAGUGAAGACUGAAUCAUCUUGGCGUCAUUGUUGACCCCAAAAAAAGGACGUUGUUUUGUGGUAUUCUAUUGUAUUUUCACAUAUUUUGUAAUAUGAAUUCACUGGUAAAUUUUUGAAGCACUAGGUUUAUUUAGGACAAGUUUAUAAUAUAUCAUUGUAACAGUUUGCAGUUUUAAUGAUGGUAUUUAUUUUAAGUUGCUCCUUUCUCAUUAGCUUCUUGGAAAUGCAUUAAAUCUAAAUUUCAAAAUUGAUAGCUUUCUUAUCGAUCAGAGUUGACUGAUGCAGAGGGUUCUGCAUCGAGCAGUUUCUCCUAAUUUCUCAUUAGUGGGGUAUGUUAGUGAUUGCAUUGUUAAAUUUUUUGUAAUCAAUGUGAAGUGUUAAAGGCACAGAGCAUGCGAGUAGUUUCUUUUGAGCAAAAAGAAUCGCCUCUUACGUUGUAGCUUCAAACGAGGGGUGUUUUAAUGAAGAAUCAGUACAGCUUAUCUAACGCUGUGACAGCAGUCGAACCGUAGUUACUACUGACUUUCUUGCUAGUUCUUAUAACAGUUGGACAAAAGGGUGUAGAGAUUAAAGAAGAGAGUUAACAAAUGCUCCUGCCAGCGAAAUUAUUCAACUAGCAGUUAGGAAGCCAGUAUUUGCAGUUCUGUAAAGAUGUCUCAGCUCUUGAUAACAAACUCUACAAAUCAUAAUUUUUUUUUUACUUAUGUAUUUUAUGCAGUCAUAAAUAUUGUAAUCUUGACAAACCAUGCUGCAACUGAAAAGCUACUCCUUUUACAGUAGUCUUAAACCCAAAUAAAAGCAAGAUACACUUACCUCAA